AAUAUAAAGUAAAGAGUACCAUGUUUAUGGAUGUUAGUACCAUCUUUAGUAUGAACUAGUGCACUGCCUUUUUAAUUGGAUUUAUUAUGUCUUCGUUGUUAAAGGUUCUCCUACUUUCCGUGCUAUGGAUGACAUUCAUAUCUGCGGCACCGUCUCCCACUUUCUUUAAAAAAUAUUUUGGUAGCUACGGAAAUAGUGGCUACGGAAAUAGUGGCUACGGAGGUGGCUGCGGAGGAGGUUAUGGAGGGGGCUGUUCUAGACCAGCCACUGUUGUAGUGGUCGAAAAAGUUUAUCAACCCUCAGGAGGACAUUAUGGAGGUGGCAAUAAUAAUCAAUGCUGCGGAGGUGGAUACAACAAAGGUUACGAUGGACAUCCUGGAAGUGGAAUUGGCGGCGGUUAUGGUGGAGGAUAUGGAGGCGGAGGAGGAGGCGGAGGAGGAGGUGGAGGUGGCGGAGGCGGAGGAGGAGGAGGACAAGGAGGCGGAUUUGGUUUUGGAUUCGGAGGCGGUUUUGGCGGAGGACAUGGCAAAUAGAAUAAACUACUACAAAUAAAACAAAGUUCUAAUAAAAUUAAAGUUUUAUUUCACCCCAGAAAAUAAUCAAACAAAAUUUUGAUAUAUUUAUUCAGUUCUCGAAAUAAAUCAUCUCCAAAAACCCGGUGUCUUAUACUAAUAAUAAUUUUAAAUAAAGAGUGCUUGAACACUAAAUAAAGCAAUCAUUUUCG